AUGCUCAAUAUUUCUUAAAGGUGGUUGAAAACCCAAGAAGUUUAUUAAAUUCUAACCGAAUUGAAGUUAGAAAUUCAUUUCGCCCUGCCCAAUUAGCCUCCAUCAGGUUAAUAUUUUCUAAUAAGGCCUGAAAAAGAGAGAGGUUGGAAGAAAGAUGGAUAUUAAUAUAUACCUCGUCAUAAUGGAGUUGGAACUAGAGAGGAUGUAGAGAAACUAAAAAUAAAUGGAAUUCCGAUUUAGAUGAUUAUCUGUUUAUAUUCCUAAACCGUAAAGAAGGAUGGGCAAUAAUUAAAUAGAAGAAUAUAUAAGCUAUUAGAAUAAUCACAAAAUAUUUAUUUAGUACACUAUUUAAAUUCCUAAUUUUCUGAAGUUGGAGAGCAAAACGAAGUUUUUAAAUAGAGUGAACCUCUAAUUAAUCUUCAAAUUAAUAAUGAAUUUUAAUGUGAUUCUUGGUUUCUUUGUGAUUUUCAAGAUUAAUAAUAGGAUCUCGAAUUGAAAUAAAAAAUAUCAAUUUUAGAAAAAAGAAUACAAUAUUUAGAAUAAGAAAGAAAUACUGGAGCUUCUAGUUCAACCCAUAGAGAAAGUUCAGAUGAAUUUAAUUCUAGUUUUAAAGAAGCAUUAUCUGUGAAAAUAGUAGAUUUUUCACCUGAGUGGGAUUAUACAGAGGGCGGCAUGAAAAUGAUGUUAUGUUUCUAACCAUUAAAAGAAAUCUAUUAGUGUCAAAUUUUGUUUGGAAAUGUUCCUGUUGUAGCUAAUUGUGUUUAACCUGGAGUAUUGAAAUGCAUAGUGCCUCCAAAUGUUUAAGGGAAGAUGGAGUUAAAAAUAAUCAGUAAUGGGAUAUUUAUAGAUGAAUAAAAUGAUACCAAUUAUUUCACAUAUAAACAGAAGAGGAAAACAAAAAAAGAUAAAUAAUAAAAAGAAAAAUUAAUUGAAUAAGAUAAGAUUGAUAGUUCAGAAUUUAAAGUUCGAGUAAUAGAAAAACUUGCAUCGUUUUAGGCAUAUUUCAAUAAUACAAUGAAUAUGUAAGUUUCAAAUAUGGAACAAGAAUAGAUUGAAUCAAUAGAAUAAAUUGAUGAUUAUAAAGUCACACAAUUAAUUUAAUAAAUUAUUGUGUUAGGAUAGAAUCAUUUAGAAGCAGUAAGUUAGUUUAUCGAUGAAUAAGACUCUUAUGGGUUUUCAUUAAUACACUAUUUAACAUUAUUAGGAUAUUCUUAAGCGAUAAAAUUGAUUUUAAAAAAUGGAGCAAAUAUCAAUUAAUCUGGAUGCGAUGGAUUGACAGCUUUAUAAAUUGCCAUCAUUUUAUAGUAGGAAGAAAUAGUGAACUUGCUUAUUUAAUUGGGAGCAAUUGAUGAUUAAUUUAAUGAAGGUGCUGAGAAAAAGCCUGAUAUUGAUUAACUAUUUUCAAUAGAUAGUGUCUAUUAAAACAAAAAAAUACUAGAUCUUCUAAUUAGGGGCUACACAUUAUGUGACUCUAUUCACAAUUCUAGUUCUUAUACUGAAUAGUAAUCUUGGAAUGGAUAAGAUGAUUAAGACACUUUGUAAUACUUUGAAGUUAAUGAUUUAUUUGAAAACAAAAACAGCCCUGUGAUAAAAAACGAAGAGAAACACACUAAGCACAAAUAUUUAAGGAACUACUCAAAACAUGAGGCUCGACCUUAGCAAAUGGAAUUUAAUUCUAAUUUCCCAUAUGAUAACUAUGCAAAUCAUAUCUAAACAAUAUAGAAAAAUGUGAAAGCUUGGUUAUUAAGAAGAUAAUAUUUGGAUAUUAAAUACGCAACUUAGGUGCUAUAAAAUUGUAAAACUAUUUUUUAUUUUAGAUAUUCGAAAUAAGCUUCAUAAGAAACAGAUGAAUCCUGA